CUACGUAACGGACGGCUGAAGCUACGUGAAGUGUACGGUGCCGUGACUGAGCUACCUGUUCUGGGUUGUGACCCAGUGACAAUCGCGGCCCGCAGAAAUCUUUCCGACCCGAAGGCGGAGGCCAGACGCAGGCAGGCUGGGUGGAGGUGGUAGCCUCAGAAGCCCCUGGCCGGGGUGCAGCUUAUUUUUAAGACGCAAUGAAAGCCUUCUACGCUUUCUGUGCUGUCCUUUUGGUGUUUGGGAGUGUCUCUGAAGCCAAGUUUGAUGAUUUCGAGGAUGAGGAAGACAUAGUAGAGUAUGAUGAUAAUGAUUUCGCUGAGUUUGAGGAUGUCAUGGAAGACUCUGUUACGGAAUCUCCUCAGCGAGUGAUAACCACUGAAGAUGAUGAAGAUGAGACCACUGUAGAGUUGGAAGGGCAGGAUGAAAACCAAGAAGGAGAUUUUGAAGAUGCAGAUACCCAGGAGGGAGAUACUGAAAGUGAGCCAUAUGAUGAUGAAGAAUUUGAGGGUUAUGAAGACAAACCAGAUACCUCUUCUAGCAAAAAUAAAGACCCAAUAACAAUCGUUGAUGUCCCUGCACACCUCCAGAACAACUGGGAGAGUUAUUAUCUAGAGAUUCUGAUGGUGACUGGUCUGCUUGCCUAUAUCAUGAACUACAUCAUUGGGAAGAAUAAGAACAGCCGGCUUGCUCAGGCCUGGUUUAACUCUCAUAGAGAACUUUUGGAGAGCAAUUUUACCUUAGUGGGGGAUGAUGGGACUAACAAAGAAGCCACAAGCACGGGAAAGUUGAAUCAGGAGAAUGAACACAUUUAUAACCUGUGGUGUUCUGGUCGAGUGUGCUGUGAAGGCAUGCUUAUCCAGCUGAGGUUCCUUAAGAGACAAGACUUACUUAAUGUCCUGGCCCGGAUGAUGAGGCCAGUGAGUGAUCAAGUGCAAAUAAAAGUAACCAUGAAUGAUGAGGACAUGGAUACAUAUGUGUUUGCCGUUGGCACUCGCAAAGCUUUGGUGCGGCUGCAGAAAGAGAUGCAGGAUCUGAGCGAGUUCUGUAGUGAUAAACCUAAGUCUGGAGCAAAGUAUGGACUGCCAGACUCGUUGGCCAUCCUGUCGGAAAUGGGAGAAGUCACAGAGGGCAUGAUGGACACAAAGAUGGUUCACUUUCUUACACACUAUGCUGACAAGAUUGAAUCCGUCCAUUUUUCAGACCAGUUUUCUGGUCCAAAGAUAAUGCAAGAGGAGGGUCAGCCUUUAAAGCUGCCCGACACUAAGAGGACACUACUGUUUACAUUUAAUGUGCCUGGCUCAGGUAACACGUACCCAAAGGAUAUGGAGGCUUUGCUACCCCUGAUGAACAUGGUGAUUUAUUCUAUUGACAAAGCCAAAAAGUUUCGACUCAACAGAGAAGGUAAACAACGAGCAGAUAAGAACCGGGCCCGUGUGGAAGAGAACUUCUUGAAACUGACCCACGUGCAGAGACAGGAGGCUGCGCAGUCGCGGCGUGAGGAGAAGAAAAGAGCCGAGAAGGAGCGGAUCAUGAAUGAGGAAGACCCUGAGAAGCAGCGCAGGCUGGAGGAAGCUGCUUUGAGGAGAGAACAAAAGAAGUUGGAGAAGAAGCAGAUGAAAAUGAAGCAAAUCAAAGUGAAAGCCAUGUAAAGUCAUCCCAGAGGUCUGCGUCCACAGGAAACGGGAAAAGCACGAGUCCGUUUCUCCCCUAAAGUCAACAUAUUCCUGGUGACUGAGAAAUCCUUAUUCCACCCUCCCCUCUUCUCCCCUCCUCCCACCUCUUCUCUCGGUUUGGAGUUCUACAGAGGUUACAGAUACAUUGAAAGGGCUCUUUCAGUUAUUUCCUUCCAGAUAAUCAAAUUAGUUUUUUUUAUAAAAGGAUGGUAUAUAAAGUAUGUGUAGUUUUAAAAUAUUUUUAAAUUAUAACAUGAAUUAUCAGUGCUUUACUUUGGUGUUUGAAGAACAAUCAUGGAAUUUAUAGAAAGAUUUUUUUUUAAACUGGGCAAUUAGAAUAACUGUGGAGACUGACUCUAAACAAGAUCCCAAGAAUUUCUAUUGGAGUUGCACAAUAAACAUUGCUUGGUGUUUUUCCUGUGUCCACAUUACAGUUGUGAAAACAGUGGAAUUUAGAGCACUGUAUGUGGUGAUGCAUUUCAGAGACUUGGAACAUAGUGCAGUGUGUAUUUCAUGUGUGUGUUUAUAGGAGGAAAUCUAGAGGUGUCAUGGAAGAUUCUAGAGGUGGGUAGUACAGGAACAGUUUCUCCUUGCCUGGUACUAUGAGCUAAUGACAGUGUGAGCCCUGAAUUUGGAGUAGUUUUGUUUUUCCUGAGGAAGAUGCAUGAGAAGUGAGCUGCUUCCCUUAGCUCAGAUCACUGCUCUGUGAGGUCACAGUGCUUUUCCUGGUGGCUGCAACCUGUUGGGUCUUCACGGAGAAGCUGCUGUCUGUCUUCUGCGUGCUCCUUUCUUCUCUCUCCACUUCUGUCUUGCCUACAAUUGAGGCCGGUAUGUGCUUUUAGAAACACAGCCAUCGGUGUGCAUAAGUAGGCUUUUAAAAUGUGAGCCUUCUUAAAUGCGACAAGAGUUUUGUCUGCCUCUUGAGGUGGAAGCUUUUGUGGGGAGAGGCCCCCAUCUGCAUAAGCAUUUGGCUUGUUGAGAGCUCUGCAUUUUAUAAAUGCUUCCUACUGAGAAAGCAUUUUUUUUAAGUCACUGUUUAUACCAGGUAAUUUUUGCUGGGAUGGGAAAGAGUUGUUUUUUUGAGGGGUGGUGGGUUUUUGUUGAUGCUUUCUGUGUUCUCAGGCAGUAACAGUGAGUUGCAGUGAAAACCAUGUGAGCUGUUGCCUUGGGGAUUAUAUGGAGUUUCUCAUGUGACUUUGUCUAGGUUAAUAGAAAUGUGUGCACUGGGUAUGCAGGUGUAUGCUUUUUUAACAAUUCACAAGGUUAAGUUAUUAAGAAUAACAAAAUUGAAUCACUUUAAGGCCAUAUGAUUCUAGACUUAACAUUGUUUUACAAACCUUUAAGAUACAUUUUAGAAUCAAAAUUUAUGUGCUUAGUUAUCUUUUGAGUAAUAUAAGCUUUCUUAAAGUCCCACAAAUUCGGACUGUGGCAGCUAAUUUUGUAAUUUAAGCAUUCAUAUGAACUACCUAUGACAUAUAUUAAAAACUGAUUGACAGAA